AUAUACGGACGCGAUCAUGGUUUAAUCAUAACGCGACAAUCAACCAGUGCAUUAACAAUAAGUUCAAACAGUUCGAACUACUCCAGUGUUGUGAUUUUAUUACUUAAGCAACGUUGGCCAUUGCAUCAGGUAUCUUUUCGCUAGAAAACAAUGGCAUACUCUAACGAACAAAUAGAACUCCCUGAAAAUCAUCGGAUUGUAAAAUUGUGCCAGUUAAACGAUAAAAGUGAAUAAUAGUUUGCAUCAAACUGAGAUUUAUACAGGAAUACGUUAGAACUACGUGUUCCUUGAUAGUUAGGCAAAUAAAAGGACUACAAUAAAAAUCAAUAAAUCGUCACACACGUGUACGGUCCAAUAACUACUUAACUGUUUCCAGAGUGAUGUCCAAUACGUAACGGGCAUCCAAUAUCACAGCCUACCACUAAAGAGUGACAUUUACCCGGCAUUAAGGUUAACGCCUGGGAACGACACAACCUGGACAAAGUUCAAACCUUGGCCCACUUUGGCCUUUGGUAACGAGUGCGAUAUAUACCUAUCCAUAGAUGGUGGCAAUUGGAAAGUGUAGAAAAUUUGCGACCACCUCUUCGCGGUGAUGCUAUAUUUUAAAAUUUACUGCUGUAUAUCGUGCCGAUUGCAACAUCACGCAGACCGUAUGUAAUAUCAUCUACAGCUAACUGUGAAUAUAUCGAUCGAUAUAGAUAAAUAUUGAAUGGUAUAACGGUGGCAUUUAAAAUUGUGUAACUAACCAUUCGAGCUCAUCGCAUAAGGAAUAGUGGUUCUAUGAACUGAAUGAUAUUUAUUUGAUAUGAGGACAGAUAUGGAAAGAUGAGUGAUUCUAAUCCAGGUCGAUCUCCUAGCAAAAGUAGUGAUAGUAGCUUACCUAAAACGAAUAUCUUGGUGAACAUACCAACUCCCAAAAAAGAAAAGAACGGAGAAGCAAUUACAUCCCCGGAAAGUCCAUUGAAGAGCUUCAAAACAAAUCCUGUGAGAAAUGGAAGUUUACCAGAAAGUGUAUUAUUCCCGAGUUCACUUAAAGUGAUUCUACCGAACUUUAUCGAACAUGAAAAACGUGCCAGCUGUCCUCUAGAUAAACCAAGCAAACUGCCCACCAGGACGAUCUACUCGAGCCCACUCAAUAGGAGUCGACGACACAGCCAGGAUUCACAAACUGUAACGAAUCUGACCACUGACAAGCUGCAUCAACCUAACGACCCGAAUCAAUUAUUCACGCGACACAGUACCGGCAACGUGCAAGCUAUUAAUAACCUUCCCUGUUGCAUUGGCACCAGGAUUGAUGUGAAGAGUAAUGCUGAUAGUGAAAUGGGACUCUAUACGAACUAUUCUAGCAGCAACAAUGACAGUUACAACGCCAGCAAAUUCAGUAUCGCUAGGACUAGCAGCACUAACACGAACACGGAAGCGGGAACCCAAGGUACCGUUUCCACGGCGUCGGUACAUAAACUGAAUGAAUGCAACCACCACGUGGCAAACGACGUUGUGGUUACUAGCGGUUACCAUGGAGGUGCAAAAGAUUCUACAAACGACACAAAACCGGUUGUGCUAGACAAUGGUAGCGAGAAACCUCUUUCCGGUCUAGAGGAUAUCAUGGAAAGUCCCCUGCUCAAAACUCCUGUAGAAAAGUGGUUGAAUGCCCAAGAUAAGACGUUGACUGAAAUGACAAUAACCGAUGAGCAGAAUCGAAGUAAAAUUUUCGGCCCCAAGAUCACGAAUAACGAAAAUAUUCCUGGAACCCUGAUGGACGCAUCCGACAUUGCAUCUGAGAUCAACAAGAGCUUCAGCUCCAGCAUGAACAGCAUCAUUAACGAACGGCGAAGGUCAUCCAGCAAGCCACUUGCUGGCAACUCACCAAUAAAGGCUAUUUUCCGCGACGAAGCCAAUACUCACGGACAAAAUAACCAUGUAAUAGGUGCUGCCAGUUACUGGAUCAAAAAACGAAAAAGCUCCGAGCAAUCUGACAACACACGGCGACCAAGUCAGCAGGAUAAAGAGGGUCUUGAUCCCGAGUCGUUGAUGUUUCGGGACGGCAGGCGUAAAAUUGAUAUGGUACUGUGCUACGAAGAAGAAGACCAGGGUGUAAUGACGGAACUGGAAGCUCUAAAACGUCACCAGCGAAAGGUGUUCCAGGAAAAUCUGGUUAAGGAAGGUUUGGAAUUCGAAAUCGAGCACAAAUCGCAAGCAUUCGACGAGAAAACCUACUUCGUCAAGAUUCACAUCCCUUGGCGGACAGAGUCACGAUAUGCGGAAGUGAUGAACCUAAAGUUGCCUGUUAAACGAUUUAUCACUAUCAGUGUCAAGGAAGAAGAAUCCACCUUUCGGAAACACCAUAAUCAGCUACUGGCCUACUGGAACAAACUGAUGUCGAUGACCGAGUAUAACUACACGCGAAUCGAAAAAGAACCAUCCUUCUACUCGGCCACUGCAAACGGCAAUCCGGAGGAACAAUUCAUCGUGAAGGAUCGCUGCACAACCUACAAUAGCGCCCAACGCAGUUUGAUUGUGAUGCAGAUUCUUAUGAGAACUCGCUUUGACGAAACGGAAAAAGCCAGUAAUGUUGGUAUUCGAAGAUUGCUGAACGACGGAACAUAUCUGGCAUGUUUCCCAUUGCACGAGGGCCGCUUCGAACGAAAUCAUUCCUCUGGGAAGGUUUUUGAUAGAAGACUACUCUACUUGGAGUGGGCGAGACCGAUUAAGUGGUUCAAAAAGCAGCCUCUAUGUCUAGUGCGGAAAUAUUUUGGUGAUAAAAUUGCCUUAUAUUUCUGUUGGUUAGGAUUUUAUACGAAAAUGUUGUACGCUCCAGCGAUAGUGGGGUUGUUGUGUUUCCUAUAUGGUCUCGCAUCCAUGGACUCUACCGAUAAUAUUCCUACGAAAGAAAUCUGUGAUGCAAGCGGCACCGGUAACGUAACACUCUGCCCGUUAUGUGAUAAGGCCUGCAGCUACCAAAAAUUGUCUGAAUCAUGCCUUUUCGCCAAACUAACGUACCUUUUCGACAACCCAUCGACGGUUUUCUUUGCCAUUUUUAUGUCCUUUUGGGCAACGACUUUUCUGGAGUUAUGGAAACGUAAACAAUCGGUGCUAGUAUGGGAAUGGGACCUACAAAACAUUGAAAACGAAGAAGACAUGCGCCCAGAGUACGAAACAUCCGUCAAAACGUUCCGAACAAAUCCGGUGACACGCGAAAAGGAACCAUACAUGCCAACCUGGGAUCGUGCCAUUCGAUUCGCAGCGACAUCCAGUGCAGUAUUAUUCAUGAUAUCAAUAGUUUUCGGAGCUGUCCUAGGAACAAUCAUUUACCGAAUAUCGCUUGUAUCUGUGAUCUACAGUGGAGGCGGAGUAUUUUUCCGCAAACAUGCCAAACUCUUUACAACGAUGACUGCUGCCUUAAUCAAUCUUAUAAUUAUAAUGCUUUUAACUCGAAUUUAUCACAAGCUAGCUAUUUACUUAACGAAUUUAGAAAACCCAAGAACGCAGACGGAAUACGAAGAUUCCUACACAAUCAAAAUCUUUGUUUUUGAGUUCAUGAACUUCUACAGUUCGCUGAUUUACAUCGCGUUUUUCAAGGGUCGCUUUUACGACUAUCCGGGCGAUGACGUUGCGAGGAAAAGUGAGUUUUACCGUCUGAAGGGAGACAUUUGUGAUCCGGCGGGCUGCUUGAGCGAACUCUGCAUCCAGCUGGCAAUCAUUAUGGUGGGAAAGCAGUGCUGGAACAAUUUCAUGGAGUACUUUUUUCCAGCAUUCUACAACUGGUGGCGCCAACGCAAGCAUAAACAGCUCACUAAAGACGAAACACACUUACACAUGGCAUGGGAACAGGAUUACCACUUGCAGGACCCGGGCAGGUUAGCACUAUUUGAUGAGUACCUUGAAAUGAUUGUGCAGUAUGGAUUCGUUACACUCUUCGUUGCUGCAUUUCCACUAGCACCACUUUUUGCCCUUUUAAAUAACAUCGCUGAAAUUCGGCUCGACGCUUACAAAAUGGUGACACAAUCGAGAAGACCUCUCGCUGAGCGGGUAGAAGAUAUCGGUGCCUGGUAUGGGAUACUGAAGAUCAUUACUUAUACGGCAGUUGUGUCCAAUGCUUUUGUGAUAGCAUACACUAGUGAUUUCAUUCCCCGAAUGGUGUAUAAAUACGUUUACUCACCUCAAUUUUCAUUACACGGAUAUAUCGAGCACUCUUUAUCAGUUUUUAACACAUCCGACUACAAGGAGGAAUGGGGAACGAAAACGGAAUCCGAUCCGGACACCUGCUUGUACCGAGGUUAUCGGAACAGUCCCACCGACAGCGAGCAAUACGGCUUAAGUCCCCACUAUUGGCACGUAUUCGCAGCACGGUUAGCAUUCGUGGUCAUUUUCGAACACAUCGUUUUCGUUCUGACAGGAAUAAUGCAGUUCAUCAUUCCUGAUAUCCCAGUGGAGGUUAAAACGCAAAUCCAACGGGAACAAAUGCUUGCUAAAGAGGCCAAAUAUCAACAUGGAUUGAAGAAAUCACGCGAGACUGACUACGAAGAAAUGCUACAUGUACUGCGAGAGCAAAGUAACAACAGUCGUCAAGGAGUACGAGGCAGUUGGGCACGAAGGCUAAGUCGUUUGAGUGAUGGAUUAGAUGCUCACGUAGAAAUUUCCAAUCGACCUCGACAGUCAUUGGAGUCUACCGUGUGGGAAGUGACCUAGCAGUAGUGGAAACACGUAUCCGUUAGAACUAAACCUUUUUUAUCAACUUUUAUUAACUACUCGUUACAAUCAAUGAUAAAUAAACUAGUUAUAUUGUUCACACUUUUCAAA